AUGCCGACCACCUCUACAAGAUACAACCGACCCAGCAGCCCCGAGGAGGCGGAGUCGUCUGCGACUCCGCUACGAUCUCGGUUGUCCACGAUGCUACGCACAGGAAGCACAUCCUCUCCAACAAUCACUCAUGGAGGGCAAACUCAGAAAAUAAAUGUGGUGACGCGUGUAGCCAUUAUAGGAGAGGCUGAAAAGGAAGAAGACAACGGCGCAAACAUCAGAAUGUAUUUAAAGAUUUCUCUGCCACUGGAAAACAUUGCUCCUGGAAGUAUUAUUCCACUUUUUGCUGAGGAGAAUGUGAAAGUCCUGGAUUCUCAAGUCCAUCCUCUGGACAAGAAUUCCGUACCAUAUGAUUUCUCCCCAGACCUAUCGCCUCUUCUGCUUGACGCAGUGACCGCUUUGGAUUUGAAACAACCAGCGCAGAAUUUUCAAGCGGUUUAUGGACUUUCUCCGCCUGGCUCUAAUGGCUCAGUCAUGGGAUCUUUACGCUCACCAAAACUCGACGGCGCCAGCAGUAGUAGAAAGAUUCCGCCACCUCCGAUUGACAUGAAAUACACAGGCCAAAUUAUUGUCAGUGGGUACAGCAUAGCUUAUGUGGCGCCUACAAUAUUUCCGACGCGACUUUUACUUCAUGACGACCAUCCUCGGUCUUCUAGUAGUCGACGAUCGUCUUCAGCGGAGCGUCACGCGAACUUUAUGGGUGCUAUAGAUAUGUGGGUUCCAUUGAUGGCCCAACCGCCGCGCUCACCGUACCUUCUAUCCAUUCCAACUCCACCGCAAUGCCUUAACAAUAGCAUACGGUUGGCUCUAUUCUCUCCCCCUCCCCAGUCGGGCUCGACUGCAUCGUUAUCCUCGACAGAUUCUGGCGACCAAUAUGCUGGCUGCUGGGACCUUACAUCCGACCCGCCUGUUACGCGAAAGACAUCUCGCCGUCCCAGCAUUUACAAUAGGCAAGACGAUAACCUGAGCGAUUCUUCAGAGUCGGUGUUCGAUGUAAAUGGCGCUUUCCCGACAACGGACCGUGUUCGUAUUCGGUGGGCCAAACGUCAAAUCGAGGUUGGCUCAGAGGAUGCUCGCCGGCGCGUUGGUGUCAGCGAAGUGAAAGGAGAGAUGACUGUCGCAGUGCUGGGCAAGAAAUGGAGCGAGGAACACCAGAAGGAAGGCAUUGUGAUGGAGCUGGACUACAAGGGCUCUUGCAAAAACGUGUUUUUCCCUGGCGUCGCGACAAUGCUUGGGAUGGAUGUCAGUUUGACUGCCAAGGGUUCAGAUGUGGCAUGGCUGCCAGACCAGGAAGCUGGGUGGACGGUUGGAGGUGGGACUGGUUACACGGGCUUCGAUGUUGGCGCCCCGCCCAAAGUCGCUGGGACCUCAAGACACGACAGUUUCGACUCCAACGCGCCGUUCCUUUCUGCGGACCGGUCGAUUUCACGCCAAAGCUCAGCUUCUUCGCAGGCCUCGUUACUCCGCGGUUCUCUUCCUGUCAAUAAUGUUCCAGAAUAUUCGUUUGAAGGAACACCUAGCUCGCAAGGGACGUCCCUGGAGUCGUCGAUGGCUUCGUCAUCUGUGCCUUCCGCAACCGAAUCCAGUGUUCUCCUUCGGCCACCAGGAGUACCCAUAACAAUUCAUGUCGACAUGAACAAAAUCCUGCCAUCCACGCGUGAGGCGAAGAACUCGUUCUCUUUCUCCAUCAAGGGCACGGUCCUUGUUAUCCCGAAAGCACGCAAAGUAGAAACAGACUCUGUCGACCCCGAGUCGGUCGUCUUUCCCUACUUCAGCGUGCUCGUUUCCAACUCCGAGUCUGUCACGAAGCUGGUCCGGAAUACCAUUGACUCUAGCUCCUCAACAGUCGAGGUCACUUAUGCGGACUCGUCAAGCAAGACCGUGCUUCAGCGCAGCGACUACCUCAAGUGCAAAGACCAAGCGAGGAUCUCGGUCAGGUCUAGCGCUGUGUUCGCGAGCAGCAACAGUGCAGCCACGACUCCGAAUGGCUCAACAGCCAACAUCAACGGUCGACCGCCAAGUCGGCCGAGAACGCCGAACCCUGGGUCCCGUGAGCGCGUUUCGUCCGGCACACGCGCGAUGGCCGUUCUCGGCAUGGCGCCGGCUGCCACUCGGCCGAAACGCGAUGGCGCGCUUAUGAUCCCCAGUCUUCGGGCCGACGUCACCCUGCUGAAGCCGACGGAAUCUGGGUCGCGGUACCCGUCCUCUUACUCCGUCCGGGUGACGCUGGCAGCUCCUGCAGAUGCUGAGUCAGACUGGCUGGAGUUUGGCCUGGCGAAGGAGGGGAGUGGAAGCGAUCUCUCUCCUCCGAAGGUAGAAAUCGUCACUGUCAGCGUAGACGAUGUACCUGUUAUGCAUGAGACGAGAGCAGCUACGGCGGAGACUAAGGAGGAGAGCGGUUCUGCUGGUUUGGGAGUCCCGUUUGGACAAGUAGGGCAAGAGUGGAUGAGUUGGGUUCGGAUGCGGGUUGGCGCAACAGGUGGUGGCCGGGUCGUCGUUGACUAUCGCGUCAAGGACAUCCAUGGCGCUGAUCCAAAAGGGAAGGGGAAGAUGAAGGCAAGGGAUCGGACGCGGUUUGAAGUCUAUCUGCCGUCGUUUAAUUUGCCUGUUGGCCGGCUGGAGGUCAAUCUAGACGGCGUACCAGAAUUACGAAUAACAAACCUCCGGAGCAACUUUUCGCAUGCCCAGACAACGCCCUCUGGGCAGAAAUUUCUCCAUUACUCCCUCCCGCCAUUCUUCUACCCCCAUAUUUCGCUCAACCUGUCCCCAGACCGGGGCCUUCAGAAUCAGCUCUUUCUUGGAUUUAUCCUGCUCCUGAUGAAUCUGGGACUUGUGGCCUUGGCUAUCCACAUAGAACACCGUUCACAUCCGCCUUUCUUCCCCCACAAUGCGGCAGGACUGGCCGUUGACAGUGGCGGGUACCCAACCCUGGACAGUCCACAAGUACACGAGCCCAUCACGAUCACGGUCACGGUUAGCGCCACGGUCUACCAGCCCACCGGCUGCUGGCCGUGGCAGCAGCUCCCCACCAGCGCCAGUAGUGGUGAAGACCUCAACACACCGCUCCCCGAAUCUACUCCCCACAACACCAUCUCCGAAACUCCUCCGUCCAUCGCUGAUACCCAAUCACCUGACCCGCCCCCCCGCCCAGUCCUCCCCCGUCGUCAUCUCCAUACCCAGAUCCGAACCAACAACGGCGCUCUCCCUCCCGUCACUCGAAUACAUCUGGAUGUGGCCCCCGCAGCUGGAAAUCGACACCCGGUUGCUGAAGGAGAAGGCCUUGACUGGCGUCCGAACUGUUAUCUGUAG